UCCAAGCAGGAAGUGGCGGCUGUGAGCCAGGUUGGAGCCCGCGUUGUUUUUGUUUUUUUUCACCCCGUUUCCGAAUAAAAGUAUCGAUGAUUUAUAUAGUAAAAUGAAAGCACGGCCUCCUCGCGCAUGGACGACAUUAUUUCUCUGUAUUUUGAUCUCCGGGCUGGUCGUGGAGGCCAUCGAGCCCGUGUCCACCUCACUGCUGGUGGUGGGAACAGGAACCGCGAUGCUCGGCAGGAAAAUCUACCGCUAUAUUUAUGAAAACUGCCACGAAAACUGGGUCAACUUUAACGCCACAGGCCUGAAGUAUGACCUGGACACGAAGCUCUAUGGGCAGCACGUCGCAGGUCAGGUCAUCCUGAAGGCCGUCACAGGCUUCAUGAACAACGAAAACCCAAAGAAACCGCUGGUUCUGUCCUUGCACGGCUGGACCGGCACCGGGAAGAACUUUGUGAGCCAACUAUUGGCUGAAAACAUUUACGUGAAAGGCAUGAAGAGCAGCUUCGUCCAUCUGUUUACAGCAACAGCACACUUUCCCCACGAGAUCCACUUAGACACAUACAAGACGCAGUUACAGGAUUGGAUACGAGGGAACGUUUCCAUAUGCCCCCGUUCCAUGUUCAUUUUUGAUGAAAUGGAUAAAAUGCAUCCCGGGUUGAUCGACAGUAUAAAACCGUACCUGGAUUUUUACGAUAACCUGAAUGGAGUGUCAUACAGACAGGCCAUCUUCAUUUUCCUCAGCAAUGCUGGUGGUGAGAACAUCGUUCAGGUGGCUCUGGAUUUCUGGAAAGACGGCAAAGAACGAGAGGAGAUCCAGCUGAAGCAUCUGGAGACAGCGCUUUCGCUGUCCGUCUUCAACAACAAAAACAGCGGUUUCUGGCACACCAGUCUGAUCGAUAAGAACCUGGUGGAUUUCUUUGUGCCGUUUCUCCCUCUGGAGUACAAGCACAUCAUUCAGUGCGGUUUGGCGGAGAUGAUCUCCAAGGGGCAUUCGCCUGACAAAGAAGUGGUGGAAAAAAUGGCCCACGACCUCAACUAUUUCCCUAAAGAGGAGCGCGUUUUCUCCAUGCAGGGCUGUAAAGUCAUUCCCAGCAGGCUGGACUUCUAUAUCUGAACGAGAAGAGACAAAAAACAGACUCCAGACGCUCUACAUUUGAAAGAAAUGGAGGAGUUGAGAGUAAACCAUGCCCAUUAAAGACUCUCGAGAGUGUUUUUAUCCAAUCACACGUCUUUUAUACACCAAUGGACUGUUUUAUUAAUAUUGAAUCGGCUGCUCGUGUGCCUGUUUUGAAGGAUGCAGCGUACACGUUUUUUUAAAAAUGACUUUGCACAUUAUGGAGCUCCUGUAAAAAAAAAAACACUGGUGAUUCUAUGAAGCAUUUGCUAUCAUGAGUUAUAUAUAUAUAAACUAUAAUGUGUAUGUUAAAAGCACUAAUUUGCCUUCAUCUUGAAUUAUCAGAUGUUUAUUACAGCCUUUUUUGGGGGGUUUUCAAUUAAACAAUGUUUAGGAUGUAAGUGAUCGUUAGAUAAAAGUCACAUGACCUUAAAAAUGGUCCUUUUUUCCCCUAAUUUGUCAGGAUUUAUCAUUUCUGCAUCACAGUUGGUAGUGUUGGUGGUAUAUAAUUGAAGGUUUUGAGUAAAUCUGUGCCUUUAUCUUAAUAGAGCGACUUAAGUUCAGCAAAAAAACAUGAUUUUUUUAAUGUUAUUAUAGGCACUGAUUAUUAUUUGAUCUCUUUUUGAACGUAAUUUAACAUUUGAGACGUUUAAGAGAUGCUCCCGGAAAAAAAAUGUGAAAUACUUGAACUACAAGUUGAUUUUUUGAUAAAGCUUUAUGAGCGAAACUAA